UUGCAAAGCAAUUUUAAGUCAGUAAGAUCAGUGACAAAACCAAGAACAAGAACGAUCGAGGCUUGAGAUCCCUCGAAAUACCAUCUGCAGCCCUUGCUGCCUCUCCCCCCUUCUCUCCCAAAAUAUUUUAGCAGGGAAAAGGAGAAAUAAACCAAUAUCUCAGUCAUGAGUGACGCAACAGCUGAGGAACCAAAGCCCAAAACUCCUGGAACCGAUCCAAGCUCUGCUCCCCCUGUUCCAAGUGAAGUAGAGAGAAAAGUACUGGCUACCAAAGUCCAAGGAACUGUGAAAUGGUUCAACGUGAGAAAUGGCUAUGGAUUCAUAAACCGGAAUGACACCAAAGAAGAUGUGUUUGUACACCAGACAGCGAUAAAAAAGAACAAUCCACGCAAAUACCUGCGGAGCGUAGGGGAUGGAGAGGUGGUGGAGUUUGACGUAGUUGCUGGGGAAAAGGGUGCUGAAGCGGCUAAUGUGACUGGCCCAAAAGGGGCACCAGUAGAAGGUAGUCGUUAUGCUGCAGACCGUCGCAGAUAUCGCCGUGGUUACUAUGGGCGCAGGAGAGGACUACCAAGGGAGAGAGAAGGUGAAGUGAAAGAAGGAUUACCCGAAGCUGUUCAAACCCAGCAACCCAUGCGUCAGUCGGCUAACUACCGUCCAAGAUACCGCCGACCUAUGAAUCAAACCAGACCACUUCCACCAACUGGUGAGAUUGAAAACAAGGAAAACCAGUUUGAGUCAGUGGCUCCAGACCAGCAACAAAAUCGCCGUGGCUUCAGAAGACCAUACAACUACCGGCGUCGACCCAACCAACCAAGUGGUCCACCACAGGGGAACAAGGAGUCAACCAAGUUGGCUGAAACCCCUGCAGAGAAGCCUGUGCCAGUGGGUGAGAAAAGCAAUGCUGUGUAAUCUGAGUGACCUGAUCUUCCAUCAUGCAUAAUGUGAGCUGAGAAAGGAUGGACAUCAAGACAGGGCCACAAACUUUUACUACUUUUUGAAAAUGCUACAGUUGCCAAUUAAUUGGGAGAGAUGACAUAUACAUCUCCUAUGCUCCUCAGUUUGGAUUUCACAACAAAAGUACACUCAUAUUUUGUGUCCAUGCAUGCAAAUACCAAGGGCAAAUUUGGGUAUGUAUUAAAACUGAAUCUAUGCAUUGUGCUAGUGAAGUUGCUAGCGAAAUGAUAGAUUUAAAAUGUUACUUACCUGAAGUCUGCUUCCUCUUAGGCAUGCUGUAUUUGUGUACUCAUGGUAUGGUAUGAGAGACAUUGUCCAAUACUGAUAAUUAUAUUUAAUAAAUACAUUUCUGCACUAAAACAGUAAGGGAGAGACCACCUAUAUAAUGCUCUAAUACAGCAGAAACCAACCAGACAAUACUUUUGAAAAAUUAAGUUAAAAAAAAAAAAAAAAGAACAAUAACAAAUAUAACAGCAUGAUGAUAACCGGAGUCAAUAGAUGAAGACUAAAUUGCUAAAUAUUAUUUAGUGUAUCCAGUAGCACUGAAAACACAUUGCAGCAGAAGUGAUGUGUCCAGAUGCCAAAACAUAAUCAAGACAGACCACAAAACACCGGUCUGGUGAUUGUAGUUUCUCCACUUGUAGAUAAAGCAGACGAGAGGUGAUUCCAUUUGACCUAUAAAAACAAUAUAGGUACCAUAGUACACUGCUCACUGUAUAUUAUUUGUUUUUGCAUGCAAUGAAUUAAAAACUUACAGGAUCAAUGGUAGAGCUCAUAUCAGGAGACACAUUCAUUUAAUUAAUUGCAUGCAAAAAAGGUUAUAAACAGUGAGCACUAUGGCACCUCAUUUGUUUUUAUAGAUCAAGUGGAAUCACCUCUCAUCUGUUUUAUGUAUACAAUUGGAGAAAGUACAAUCACCACAUCUGUGCUUUGUGGUCUCUGUUCAUUAUGUAUUGCCGUCUGCACACAUUAAUGCUGCUGCUUUCAGUAUAACCGGAUACACUAUAGAAUAUGUAGCCAUUAUGUCUUAAUAUUUUGACUCCAGGUCUUCACCAUAUAAUGUUUUUAAGUCAUUGGUGUUUUUUUUUUUUAAAAUCCUGCACUCACCCAUGUGAGGAUGCACAGAUACAUGCACACUGGCUGCAAGUGUCAUGGAAUGAUAUGAACAUAAAGAUUCCAAAGAAAUUAACAACACAGCAACCAUCAAAAUGCAAAGUGUAAUAAAUAUAUUGCAUUGCAGUCAUGUCCAGUAACAUGUCCACAUUGAUUCUUUGCAUUGUAAAAUAGCACAUGUAUACGAUAAAUAUCAUAAUUUUGUAAAAAAAAAACUAAAAAGUUAUUUCUUGCUACUGGAACAUGAGUCAGUCGCCCUUAAAGCAGAUUGUUAUAUGCGUUCUUUUUUUACAUCAGUAAAUUUCACCAGAGGGAAAAAACUCUCCCCUUUUUGCUGUUGCAUAUCUGAUGACAUCAUGGCCCAAUUACCGACCCUGGUUCACAGAUACAAUAUUGUCAUGUUUGCUUUUUUCAUAAAUAUAAUCCACAGAUGCUUUUGGGAAAAAAAAACAAUAGAUGUGAAAGAACAUAAACGUCUGAAACAAA